CCGGCAAUGACGCGUCAUGGGAUCCAGGAAGUAAAUCGCUCUGUUUACAUUCAGCGCUGAAAUGUGAUCACAUGUCCGUCUUUCUACACACUGUUCAUCGAUAAUUGGCUGCUAAUCAGUUUAUCGAUGGGGAACACAGAAAGUGCUGUAGUGCAGAAACGACUGGUCCGUUUUCGACCCGAUGAGCGACCCGUUAUUGAGGGAGUCUUUGACAGACUUCAGAGCACCAGCAGCUCGUCUGUGCCUACUGGAAAAGCCAAUGUUUUACACGUAGACACGUUCAAGAUAACUAUGGGUAAAAUGACUUCAGACUCAAUGAUUUUGAGAGUCUAUGAGGGAAUCUGCAGUGUGGACCCUGGUGUGCCAGUGCCACCUGGUGGUGGGGUAAGUCGAGAGCAGCUGGUGAUCUUCUUGGCAGAUGCUCUUCGGGGUACAGCAGAGGAGAGAGCACCGCUUGUCAUGGCGAUGGCACACGGGACCAAAGCAACAGUUAUGACCAAUCAGAUAAGAGAAUUGUUAGAGGACUUGGUAUCGGCUGUAGUUCAGACUCUCACACACAGGGGACAUCUGCGAGGCUGGAGACCAGAUCACAUGGGUCACGGUGAUCAGGGGGUGAAGCUUUUGGCUGAGCAGUUGAGCUCUGAGUUAAAAGCCUCAGAUCAGAACAUGUGUGAUGUUGCUUGUCUCGAGGACUGGCUAUUUCGUGUCUCGGGUGUGUCCACAUUUCUGGAGCUCCUGAUUGGUGAGGGUCUUGAUGUAGGAUUGACCUCACGCCCACCUCCCACUCUGCUGCCCCAGUGUCAAAGUGCACCCUGGACUGAGCUGCGCUCUAUACUGGAUAUACCAUUUCUCAUGUUCCUGACCUCUCAGCUGCCUUCAGGAAACACUGCCCCCUGGAGGCUGCUGUUUUCUACCAACGUACAUGGUGAAAGCUUCACCCGCCUGGUUGGAAACUGUAAAAGCCGGGGCUCCACUGUGUUACUGGUGAAAGACACCAAGGGCCACAUAUUUGGAGGCUUUGCUUCUCAUAGCUGGGAGAUCAAACCUCAGUUUCAGGGUGAUUCCAGGUGCUUCCUGUUUUCUGUGUCGCCAUCUAUGCGAGUGUUCACAUGUACUGGUUAUAACCAGCACUACAUGUACCUGAACCAGGGUCAGCAAACCAUGCCCAAUGGUCUGGGUAUGGGUGGACAGCAUGGGUAUUUUGGUUUGUGGCUGGACAGCGAUUUUGGCCGUGGUCAUAGUCGGGCUCGUCCACGUUGCACCACUUAUGGUAGUCCUCAACUCUCGGGAGAUGAAGACUUCACAGUCGACACAGUAGAGGUGUGGGGAGUUGGUGUGCCCCCUGAGGAACAGGAACAGGAUGAGAAAAAGAAGAGUGUUCUGGAUGCAGAUCCUGAGGUGCAGGCUAUAAUGGAGAUGACGGGGAAAACCCUGCAUAGCCAAGGCCUCCGAGAGCCAGAAGAAGAAGAUGAUGGAUGAGAGAUUUAUGUAACACAUAAGAAAGACUGGUGCUGCUUUUACUUGGACAGGUUGGGUGACAAAAAAUAUGUAGUCUUUAUAAUUUUUCAAUAAGUUGUGCAUUACGAAUUAUGACUGAAACUGGACAAAAGUCAGGAUGCUUAAUCUGAUAUAUAUAUAUAUAUAUAUCAUUAACCUGAGAUCGUCAAUAGCGUCCAAGAUUUAUUUUGUAAUGAGAUUUUACUUCUUAGGUCUGUUUAUGAAUUCGGCUAACAGUUUCAUUCAUUACCCACAUUGACUGUACUGAGAUUUUACUUCUUAGGUCUGUUUAUGAAUUCGGCUAACAGUUUCAUUCAUUACCCACAUUGACUGUACUGAGAUUUUACUUCUUAGGUCUGUUUAUGAAUUCAGCUAAUGGUUUCAUUCAUUACCCACAUUGCCACUUUGAGUCUCACAUUUGCUGUCCCCACUACUGUUAAGAUGAAUUUCUUAUCAAUAUGACGCUGCAUGCUGGAAGAAUUUCUCUGACAAUUCUGCAAAAAGUAGCUCUUAUUUGGUUUUCACAGUUACCUGACUUUUAUCACUUGUGUUUUACAUCGUAGUAGAAUUUUUUUCUCCUAUUAAAUGCUUUUGUAACUGUA